AAUUAUCAUCUUGUAAUGCUUUGUUUAGGAACGCUGGCAAAAUAUACUGGUGGUCAGGUUUAUUAUUAUCCAAGUUUCCAGUCUACCAUUCAUGGAGAUAAGUUGAGACAUGAGUUAACCAGAGAUCUUACAAGAGAGACUGCAUGGGAGGCUGUCAUGCGCAUAAGAUGUGGAAAAGGUGUUCGUUUUAUGUCUUAUCAUGGAAAUUUUAUGCUAAGAUCCACGGACUUAAUUGCGCUUCCAGCUGUUGACUGUGAUAAAGCCUAUGCAGCACAGCUAUCUCUUGAAGAGACGCUACUGACAACUCAGUCAGUGUAUUUUCAAGUUGCCUUAUUAUAUACAUCAUCUUCUGGAGAAAGACGAAUUAGAGUGCAUACUGCAGAAGCUCCAGUAGUUGCAGAUCUAGGAGAAAUGUAUCGUCUGGCCGAUAUUGGGGCCAUUGUUUCUUUAUUUUCCAGGCUAGCAAUUGAAAAAACUUUGUCCUACAAACUGGAAGAGGCUCGGAAUGCCGUUCAGCUUCGGAUUGUCAAAGCCCUCAGAGAAUAUCGAAAGCUUUAUGCUGUCCAGCAUCGUUUGAGUGGAAGGAUGAUAUACCCAGAAUCACUGAAAUUCUUACCCUUGUAUGGAUUAGCGUUAUGUAAAUCAAGACCCCUCCAAGGUGGUUAUGCUGAUGCUCAGCUUGACGAACGCUGUGCAGCUGGCUUUACCAUGAUGGCUUUACCUGUGAAAAAUUUGCUGAAACUUCUCUAUCCCAGCCUGAUUCGUGUUGAUGACCAUCUUUUAAAAGCAUCUUCUCAGACUGAAGAAUUUCCCAACAUUUUGAAGAAGAGGCUGCCACUUACUGCAGGGAGCUUAGAUACCAGUGGCCUUUAUAUUUAUGAUGAUGGGUUCCGGUUUGUCAUAUGGUUUGGCAUGUCACUUUCACCUAGCAUAGCCAGAAAUUUGCUGGGGGAAGAUUUUUCUGCAGACUACUCUAUGGUUACCCUUUUGGAGCGUGACAAUGAAAUGUCAAGAAAGCUAAAGAGGAUACUUGAAAAAUUAAGAGAGAGUGACCCAGCAUAUUAUCAACUAUGUCAUCUUGUGAGGCAAGGCGAGCAGCCCCGAGAAAACUUCUUUUUACUUACAAAUUUAGUGGAAGACCAGAUCAGCGGUGCUAGUAGCUAUACUGACUGGGUUCUACAACUACACCAACAAGUCCAACAGAAAGCGUAACAUACUGUUUCACGAUCCUGACGAAUCUAUCAACAGCCGCCAGUGACAGUCAAUUAAGAAUUUUGAAGCAAAUUUUAGCUGCUCAUCAAUUUCCAGAUGGUUGGGUAUCACAGUAAGAAAGCUUUGUGGAGCAAAUAAGUUAUUUGUUCAUGGUGAGACUGCAUAAUUCAUGUACAAUUUAUUGGCGAAUCGACAAAGUCUGGUGUGUGCUCUUGGAAUGUCCAUAUCUAUGAAGGUUCUCUGGGUUUUAACUGGAAGGAGAUUCAAGGAGGCAGUUGUUCCAAGGUCUGAGGAUAAAGUGUUCAAGUUGAAAUGAAAAAUAUAUAGUUUUAUUUUCUAU